AUUAUGCUCGAAGCUCUUCUAACCCUCCUAAUUUGGUCUACCCCCUGCCUGAGUAAAGUGCCAGCAGCAUCGACGUCAUUCGAGUGUCCACCAGGAAAUCCGAGAUUGCGAACAUCGGUUGGGACGUACUGCGGCAGGCAGGAGACAGUCAUUUGGCCGGGAAAACGCACCACACAUGUGGAUAUUUACUACGAAUUAGUUGAUUCUCGUGUGGCUUACCUCGCUCUACAGGUCUGUUUUCACUUUCAAGGUAUUCGAUACGCUAGACCCCCGGUUGGAUCUUUGCGAUUUGCAAAACCUGUUCCCCCUACCCCUGAACCUGAUCGAAUGUUCAACGCUAUCGUCAAACCGGACGCGUGUUACCAAGUUGUUGAUAAGCUUUUCCAGGCAAGAAAAUUCAUUAUUUGUGCAACAUUGGCAAAAUGUCCCAUUUUCAUUCGUCCACGAAGAAUACCUACGGCACAAAUAACCUUCACCAAGAUCUCUAAUUGGACAGUCGUUGGUAGAACUGGAUCCCGCCUCAAACAGAUUCAUUCGGUGCCGGGUAAUAUGGGCUUGUGGGAUCAGAGGCUUGCGAUCAAGUGGGUGAAGGAUCACAUUGGAGCCUUCGGCGGAGACCCCUCCAGGAUCACGCUGUUCGGUGAGUCAGCUGGAGGCGUGAGCGUCAGUGCGCACCUCAUCUCACCCUGGUCCCACGCCUUCUUCACCAACGCCAUACUCCAAUCCGGCUCCGUCUUUAGCUACUGGGGCGUGGAGACCCCGAGGAAGCAGCUCAACCAAUCAAAACGGCAAGACAAGCUAGUUGACCUGGUUGGUUGUGGCGGGCGCAGUGGAAGUGACCUUCACGCCUGUCUCCAACUCAAGUCCCCUGAGGCCUACAUAGACGCGCAGACCAGCCUUUUUGACUCUGGGGCCUACUUCUCCGUGCCGUUUCCGCCUAUCCUCGACGGACACUUCUUGCCGUACUGGAACAGCCAGAACUUUGUGGAACUGGCCCACCUGAAGCCGUCGGGUUCCGUGAUGAUGGGUGUGAAUGCCAACGAGGGCAGUUACUUCCUUCUCUACACCCUCGUCUCAAACGACUCCUUCUUUGAGAACAGGGAGUCCCUGCCUGUUGCCACACGCGAAGACUACUUCAAGGCGCUCUACAAGGUUCUCGACCUCGACAACGACAGGAGACCAGACCUCAUGGAGGCUUUGGUGACAAUCACCGACUUUGAGUACCGCAACUUCUCUGAACCGCUAAAUCCCCACACCUGGACUCGAAUGCUGGAGGCGAUAAGCAGUGACCGAAGUUUCAAGUGUCCAGCAAUUGACUUUGCCCAGGCUCUGGUCAACCAGAACCGACCAGCACACUGGAAGCCGGCGCUGCGCAGCAUCACGCGUCCGACGUACUUCUAUGAGUUCGUCCACCGCACAGAAUCGCUGCCGUGGCCAAAAUGGGCCGGUACCAUGCAUGGCUACGAGAUAGAGUAUGUUUUUGGCAUGCCCUACUCACCGGUGUUCGCCGAGAACUACUACCGUUUCACGGACGCUGAACGCGAACUCAGUGACAAGAUGAUGACGUAUUGGACGAACUUUGCGCGGACAGGGGACCCAAACCUCCUUCCGAAUGGAAAAUUUGUGAAUUCGGACGAAGAGAAGUCGAGGAAAGUUGGUAGAGAGCCACAAUCGUGGGAAAGCUCGGUGGGCGCCGAUUUGACCCUGGAUGCUUCCUCCACUUGCCUGCCACACCACCUGCGAAUGCGUCGCUGGCAGGAGUUCGACAACGAGACUGAAGUCUUUCUCAUUCUCGACACGGACAAUUUGAGGACGGGCGCUCAUCCGAGGUCGAGGCAAUGCCUCUUCUGGCGUCGUUGGUUUCCAAUAUUGUUGCAACACGGUAAUUUGUAUGGCGCGCUGAACGUCUCUCAGGAAGCUGCCUACCAAUGA